AUGGCAGCAGCAGUGAUGACACGACCUACCAGUAACAAACCAGGCACCAUGUCGUCGUCGCAGCCGAAAAUUCGCCUCAACAUCCCGCCUCGUCUGCACCUGGGUAACGGAGCGGCUUCGUCUUUGCGGGAUUCCCUGCCGACUCUGUCUCCUAGCUCCGUCAGUGGAAGCGAAGGGAGCAGCAGGACUCGCAGUUGCAGUCACACGGGACCAGGAAGAGCUGCAGAGAGCACCAGAGUUUCCCAGCACCGGAGAGACAACGAGAGGGACAGAGCUACGGGUGGGAGAGAAGGGAAAGAGAGGGCUCAACUAGAGGUAGGAGGAGGUGGGAGAAGAGAGAGGAGCUCUAGGCUGGUCCUCAACGGCGAACUGGUGGAAUCGCAGCUCAGUCCGAGGACCCAGGAAUCGAUAUUCCAGGUGUUCAGUUUCGACACGAGAGCCGCAGACUUUGAGGAGAGUGUUAGCCAAAUGUGGCCUCACCGAUGCUCGUUUGUCGUGAAGGAGCUCAUCGAAACAGAGAGAGCUUAUGUUGAAGCUCUAGGAGACAUUAUUAAGGGCUACAUCACGCCGCUGUACGGGUACCUCCUAUCCUCGGGUGACGGGCCCAACUUUACUCGGACAGUGUUCUGCAACAUUGUCAAGAUACACUGCUACCACUUGGACCUGCUAGACUCGAUGCAGUCUCUCUGCUCCAAGCCCAAGCAGUUGGCUCAGCUCUUUCUCGACCGAGACUUUGGGCUCUACACAGAGUACUGUACCAACUACAGUAAAGGCAACGAGCACUUGGAGCAGUGUCUGGCCAGUAGUAGCGACCUGCAGACCUUCAUACUGGACUGUCAAUUAAAGCUGGACCACUCGCUGCCCCUCCACUCACACCUCAUCAAGCCAGUCCAGAGGAUUCUCAAGUACCCUCUUCUCUUGGAGGAGCUUGUGAAGAACUUUGAUGAGUCCCAUGUGGCCUAUUCCACUGUGGAGGCCAAGAAGAAAAGUCUCACGCCAAGUGCCAUUGCCAGAAUCAGAAGCAAGGAAGUUGAAGGGCUACAGCGGAGAAGGACGAUGACUCCAGUCAGUCCAAACUCCCCGACGACCACAAGGUUCCUCACUGUGCCCGGUCGCUCCAAGAGGAGCAUCUCCGUGGAGCCGGGGGAGGUUGGGACGGCAGACCGAGUCCAGUACAGGAGGAGCAGGAGGAGGAGAAACAGGAAGAAACAUGGCCGACGACACAUGUCUGUGGAGGACUUGUACCCCAACGAGCUUGCCACUGCCUCCAGCAGCGAGGACGACCAUCUUGCCAGGGUCAGCGACCUCAAGUCGUUCUUUGAGAAUCUCAACACUCCCUCUAGCGAAACUGCUGCAACAAAGUCCCCAGUGGUGGAAGUGGCUCCUCUGGUGCGUAGCAAAGUGAGCAUGUUUGAGAACCCCAACUCUGCUGAGGACGAGGGGAAGAGAGAGAGACACACCAACGCUGUCCCCGAGGAAAUACACAGUGACUGGCCAUCGGUCAGAAAGACUAGCUGCAAGUUUGGGUCUCCCAGUCACAGUCUGACUUCGUCUUCUUCUUCAUCGGGCAAAGGCUCGGGGAAGGAGCAAGGAAAUGGCAAGAAGGAGCAACCAAAGGGAAAGGAGCAAGGGAAGGCAAAGGGGAGCAGGAGCAAAAGAGACAGUUGACAUCACCUUGCCACAUAAUAACUCUGUAUAGCUGUAAUAUGUACGUGUAUGUAUGGUAUUGGGAUGUGUUUAUUCAUGUGAUCAGGCUC